AUGUCUAACUCCAAACCUUAUGCUGACAUUCCCAUUUUAGACAUUUCUAAACCAUUGCAGCCAUCUUCUCUAUCUUGUCUCUCUAAAGCAUGCAAAGAUUGGGGAUUUUUCCACAUAAUCAAUCAUGGAAUCUCCAAAGAUCUUUGCAGAAAGCUCCAGUCACAAUCCAACCACCUUUUUAGCCUCCCUUCUGAUACUAAACUUAGACUUGGUCCUUUUUCAUCUUUAAAGUCUUACACCCCUCAUUUCAUUGCCUCUCCAUUCUUUGAGAGCCUCAGAGUUAAUGGACCCAACUAUUAUGUUUCUGCUAAGAGUUCUGAAGAAACCCUCUUUGACAAACAGGACUCCAAAUUCAGUGAGAUACUACAAGAAUAUGGCAGCAAGAUGGAAAAUUUGUCAAAGAGGAUUCUAAAGCUUGUGUUGAUGUGCUUAGGGGAUGGCAUUGAGAAGAAGUUUUAUGAUUCUGAAUUUGACAAGUGCCAUGGUUACUUAAGGAUAAACAAUUACUCAGCUCCAGAUUGUAUGGAAGAUGAAGGGCUUGCUAUGCAUACUGAUAUGAGUUGUAUUACUCUAUUGUAUCAAGAUGAGAUAGGAGGGCUUCAAGUGAGAUCAAAUGAGGGAGAGUGGAUAGAUAUAUGUCCCUCUGAAGGGACACUAGUGGUGAACAUAGGGGAUAUGCUGCAAGCUUGGAGUAAUGACAAAUUAAGAUCCUCAGAACAUAAAGUUGUUUUGAAGCAUCCAGUUAACAGGUUUUCUCUUGCAUUCUUUUGGUGCUUUGAGGAUGACAAGGUGAUCUUAGCACCAGAUGAAGUUAUUGGAGAAGGAAACAAGAGGAAGUACAAACCAUUUGUGUGCUUGGACUACUUGAAAUUUAGAGAGAACAAUGAAAGAGGAAGAUUUGAAAAGGUGGGUUUCACAGUCAGAGAUUUUGCUGGGAUUAAGGCUCAGUUGUGA